AUGAGGGCUUCACGCGAAUUUGAUAUGAAUGAUCCUCACAAUGGAAGAAAUUUUCGUGACUUGGACGAUAUGCAACCAGCACAGCCUAUAUUUUUAUCGGUAGGAUCAAGAUCAUCUAAUCCAGAAUAUCAAUAUGAGGUACCAAAAAGUGAUGCUAGACGGCAAACUUCUAAAUCUGGACGUUCUGGUUUUUGCUCGAAAGCAUGUAUAAUUGGACUUGGUAUUGGUCUGCUAAUUGGUGCAGUGGCUGUGGUUGCUGCUGCAGUUCCGCUUGCACUGGUCUAUAGACCUACAUCACGUAAAUAA